CCUGGUGUACGCAAGGCGGUGUUCGCCCGUCGAGACAACCCUGAACGCGCAAGCAGGCGUUCUCAUGCGAACGAUGCAGGCUAUGGGUCGAUAUACCUUGAAGUAACGAUCGCGAUGGCUUCUAACAGCCCGCUGGACGGACACUGAGACCGGCAACCGGCGUGACGCCACACAGGCGCGACAGUCUCCCCCGCUGAUACCGCGCGGCCUUGCACCCUUUUCCCAAAGUGGCUCCGCCACCCAGGCGCCACAUAGACAUAGUAGAGCUUAGUUACCACCCCAAGCAGCCCGACCACAACCUGCAGCUAGCUACCAUGGACUACGCCAAGGGCCUGUUCAGCCGCGCCAAGGAGCUCGCGGUGCAGACGGCGCAGGAGAUCCAGGCGCGUGCCGCCAACGCCUCGCUUGUGGCAGCCGGUCUGCCCGUCGACACGCCCGGGAGCCGGGGCGCAAGCCCUGGCGUGGACUCGCCCGCCGGCAGCGGCCGCGACGUCGGUGGCAGCCGCUCGGUCUCCGGCGCCGCGGCGUCCAGCAGCGGCCGGAUGGGGCCCGCCAUAGGCCCGGGUGGAUCAGCCCCCAUGACGGGCGGGAUCCAAUCUGAGGAUGUACGGCUGGCCCGGUUCCAGGCUGAGCUGCGUGGAUCCACCAUCAACCUGCAUGCGCUGAAGCGGCUGGCGUUUCACGGCAUUCCCGACAAAGGCAAUCUGCGGGCGACUGUGUGGAAGCUGCUGCUGGGCUACCUGCCGCUAGCACCCGAGGACUGGGCCAAACACUGCGCGGCGCGGCGGACGCAGUACCACGUAUUCUGCGACGAAUUGAUAGUUGAUCCAAAGCGGCAGCAGGACCCCAUCUUGUUCGGCGGGCUCGGCUCAUCGCAGUCAGCAGGCGGCGGGGGUCAGGCGCCCUCCGCCGCCGCCGUGGACUCGCCGUUAGAAGCUAGCACGUCGGGGAUAGGGACAGGGACAGGGGCAGGGGCAGGGGCAGGCGCGGCUGUGGACCCACUGGCACUUCCCACGGAGGGCUCGGGCGGAGUGCCCGUGGACGACCACCCGUUGAGCCUGGCCCAGACGUCACGGUGGUGCACGUACUUCAAGGACUCGGAGGUGAUGGUGCAGGUGGAGCGCGACGUGAUGCGCACACACCCCGACAUGCACUUCUUCACCGGCGACUCGCCGGAGGCAGAGGCGCACAGAGAGGACAUGAAGCGGGCCCUGUUCAUGUACGCCAAGCUGAACCCGGGCCUGCGCUACAUCCAGGGCAUGAACGAGCUAAUCGCUCCGCUCUACUACUUGUUCAAAACAGACACGCAGGACCCUCUGAGCAGCCAAUACGCGGAGGCUGACGCGUUCUGGUGCUUCAUGGAGCUCAUCUCCGACUUCCGCGACCACUUCUGCGCGCAGCUGGACAACGCGCAGAGCGGCAUCAAGGCCACCAUCCGGCGGCUGAUGCUGGUGCUGCAGCACUACGACAAGGAGCUGUGGCACCACGUGGAGGUGGUGCACAAGGUGGACCCGCAGUUCUACGCCUUCCGCUGGCUGACGCUGCUGCUGAGCCAGGAGUUCGCCUUCCCCGACACGCUGCGCAUCUGGGACACCAUCCUUUCGGACCCGCACGGCCGCAUGGACUGCCUAAUGCGCAUCUGCACCGCCAUGAUCCUGCACCUGCGGCCCAUCCUCAUGCGCGGCGACUUCAGCGUAAUCCUCAAGACGCUGCAGCGCUUCCCGCCCGUGGACGUGAACGUGCUGCUGGCCAAGGCCGCCUCCAUGCCACCCUGCACAGAGAUCCUGGCCACCAGCGUGUGACGGCGGGCUGGGCUCAAGGGGGUGUAGGGGACGGGCUGUGGUGUUGAUUGGGGGAAGGGGAAAGAAGAGAGGGGAAGGAAGGAGGACAGACGGGGCUGCGCGGCAUCAGCAUGGAGGAUGCGGUGUGUAUUGAGUGCAGACUGGAGUUGGACUGUACUGCGUGACAGACGUAAUCCAUGGGGGCCCCAAAGGCGUUGGGGCAAGGUGUUGCGGUGGCGCGGUGGCGAAACGCCAAUCAAUGCUCGUGAACUGGCAGAGUUCGGUGCAAAGGAAGUUAGUUGGCGGGGACCGCAGGCGUGGUGCUAAGAGGUGACUUGUGUGCUUAUGAGGGGUAGACGGCGAGUUGGCGUCCAUGAGCAGAAACAGUGCAAGCACGUCGCGGGCGAGCUGGCCAGAGCGAGGGGAGUCCCAACGCGUGUCUUCCGCAGGUCGCUCGAGAGCGCAAUACCGUGAGUUUUGGACGUGAUUAUUAGCAGCGAACUGUAUUUCAUUUGCG